AUGAUCGAUGUAGAAAACCAUCCAAACAGUGUAUUUUAUAUUGUUAUUAAAAGAAUCCCUGGUAGUCUACUUGAAAUGGAAGAAUUACGGUUACAUGUCUAUUUUACCGUUGAUAUUAUGAAUUCUGGACGAUUCAUUGUUGAUAAGGAUUUACGUAUGUAUUAUAUACAAUCUCUGUUGAAAUUGAUAAAGACUUCAACUUCUUCUUCAAUCCUAAAUAAUAGUUGGGAAGAUACAAAAAUUCUAUCAUUAAAUUUUUCAAAUCAUAAAUGA